AUGGCACGGUUAGAGUGGAGGGGUGCAUUGGGUUAUGUUCCUAGCGGGGUUGUGUCAUUUCUAAAGACUCAGCGAAUGGUUGAGAAGGGGUGUGAUGCAUAUCUAUCCUUUGUGAGAGAUGCCAAUGCUGAUACUCCUACCGUUGAGUCAGUUCUGGUAGUGAGAGACUUCCUAGAUGCAUUUCCAACAGAUCUUCCGGUGUCGUUUUUGGGUCAUGUGGUGUCGAGUGAGAUGAUCCAGAUAAAUCUGAAGAAGAUUGAAGCAGUUCAGAAUUUGCCCAGACUGUCCUCAGCUACUAAGAUUCAAAGUUUCCUUGGUCUGGCCGGGUAUUAUCGCUGUUUCGUUGAGGAUUUCUCAUCCAUUGCUGCACCUAUGACCAUAUUGAUCCAGAAGUCGAACGGAGGAGAACUUGGGCAGUUUAGCAUAUCUACCGGCAGUAAAGAGGCCACUAGCCUGGAUGUUCAAGCCUUGGCCAACCAGUUUGUUAGAUUGAAUGUUUUGGAGCGAGUUCUUGCUUGCGUAGUUUCUUGGUCUUCCUUAUAUGAUCGCAUCAGAGAGCGUCGCACGGAAGUUUCUUACAUGGAUUCAGUACCAGUUGUUCGCGAGUUUCCAGAGGGAGAGGCUAAGUUAUUGUGCACGGAUUUGGUUUGGGAUGCUUGGGAGAAGGUCAAGUUGACUCAGGAUCAGCUACGUACAGCCCGGUUUGGAAAAAAGGGAAAGUUGAGUCCUAGGUAUAUCGAACCCUUUGAGAUCCUUGAAAUGAUUGGUGAGGUGGACUACAAGCUUGCAUUGCCACCUAGCUUAUCUGCGGUCCAUUCGGUAUUCCACAUUUCUAUGCUCCAGAAGUAUUGUGGUGAUCCGUCUCAUAUUUUAGACUUUAGCACAAUCCAAUUAGACAAGGAUUUGAUCUAUAUUGAGGAGCUAGUGGCUAUCUUGGACAGACAGGUCAGGAAGUUGAGAUCAAAGAACAUUGCUUCAGUGAAGGUUCAAUAG